GUCCGCGACCCCGAGCGAUUACAUGGCAUCAUCGUCGUCCGGCUAUCCUUUUCUAAUGCCUCUGACGUUACCAGCUUCGCUUCUACACACUCCUGUGUAAUUCACCAUAUCCUGUUUCUUUUGUCUUCUUCACUCAACUCGCGACACCACCCGCGGGCAUUAUUAGCCACUUCCGAAGACGUCCGCCUUGUCGCAUACAUCAUAAACCGUGGUGAAAGCCACAGAAACCGGUGCCAAGAUGCAGUACAUGCUCUAUUAUCUCUCGUUCCUUGCCCUCGUGGUGGGAACAACGGCUUACUUCACCCGGCACCACUGGCUACACCUCGUACCCAUCCCUGAACCCAUCUAUACGCGUUUACCAAGCUCCUUCCGUGAGGAUAUCGAAGCCGGCCUCUCCUCAUCAGCGUUCGAUCUUAGUGGGAAUGUGGAAGAGGGUGAUUCGCGCCAAGGCCUGGAUGACGCAGGCAAGAAAGAGGUCAUGCGCAUCAUGAAGAGACGCGGCGUCGACUUUGAUGAGGCCCGGAGGAUUUUCAUGCAGGACAGGUUCAAGAAGAACAACAUUGGAGCCGACGGCGUACCCCGCGACCCCAAGUUUGUCAGCUUCUCGUAGAACCAGGAAUUAUGGUUUCAGUGGGGUCACAUUUCACAAGACUAUCACAUAUUAUUUCCUUUGUCAGAGGUUGGGCAAAUCAUCACAUUUCGUUUGUUGGAUUCAUUGGUAUAUUUCUGCUUGGAUUGGCUUGGCAGAUAAGCCUGCGAGUAUGGGUUCAGAUUUGGAUGCCGGAUGUUGUUUCUUUCCCGACUUUCCUACUUCUCAUCUCUUUUGCUGACCUCCUGCAUCUCUUCGAAGUGACCUUCAAGGUCUCCCUUAUCAAACGCACAGUUUUAUGAACA